AUCCACAAGUCCAAAGAUCCAGCACCUUUAACGGAUCAAAUUUCAAAAAAUAGUAAAACUUUAUCCUUUUUGUUCCUUUCUACUCAUCGAUCAUUGUUCUUGUUUUGUUUCUUCAAUUCGGUCAUCUUCUUCUUCAAUGAUCAACAAUUAUGAUCAGUCCAGUCGCCGGAUUCUGACAUUUCCGGCCAUCCGCCCCUGCGAAGCAGUUUCUCCGGCUGCCCUUCUCAAUUCCCUGAUCGAUCUCGCCGGGAAAAUCAUCGAUUACAAGUCGAGUUUUUUCGCUAGCAAUAAGGGAAACGCGCGGCAAUCAAUCCGAUUAAUCGGAAUUCUGUUGAAUUUUUUGGAAGAAGUCAGAGUCCGGCAACUGGGUCUCUCCGAUUCGGCUGUUUUGAGCUUGUCUGAGCUCCAUUUCAUCUUCCAGAAGAUUCACUACUUGUUGGAAGAUUGCACGCGCGACGGUGCUCGGUUGUGGAUGCUAAUGCGGUCCGAGCGAGUGUCGGGGCAGUUCCGGGUGCUGAUCAGAGCGAUGGCGACGAUUCUGGAUGUUCUUCCUCUGGGCUUAAUCGAUGUUUCGGUUGAAGUGAGAGAAUCAAUUGAAUUGGUGAUGUGGCAAGCUCGAAAACUGAAGUUUGAAGUCGACCCGUUUGAUGAAUUGUCUGUGAAGAAUGUUGUUUCAAUUUUGGGGCAAAUUGAGGAUCAAAUUGUUCCGAAAUCAAGUGAUCUAAGAUGGGUUCUUGAUUACUUGGGGGUUCGAAGUUGGGUCGAAUGCGAUAGAGAGAUCAAGUUCUUGGACAAUGAAAUUGGGUUGGAGUACUUGACUGCCGAAAAGAGAGAAUUGGGGUUUCUCAAUAGCGUAAUGUCGUUCAUGAGCUACUGUCGUGCCGUGUCCUUCGACAUCGUUGGAGACAUUACCGGUAGACGAUCCACUAGUCGGCGCAGUGGCAACGUGGUCAGUGGCCUCAACCCAGAUGACCUGAGGUGCCCAAUCUCACUAGAGUACAUGACUGAGCCAGUGACAAUAGAGACAGGGCACACAUAUGAUAGGUCAUCAAUCCUACAAUGGUUUAGAGCUGGAAAUGCAACUUGUCCCAAGACUGGUGAGAAGCUCACAAGCACAGAGCUAGUCCCCAAUUUGGCGCUGAAGCGGUUAAUCGUGGAAUAUUGCUCCGGUAAUGGCAUUCCGGUGGCUGAUUCGGGUGGUAGAAAACGGGACAUAACCCGGACAGUUCUUCCGGGUAGUCCAGUAGCUGAGGCAGCCAUGAAAAUGUUAGCCAAUUUUCUCGUUGGCAGGCUCGUGGUUGGGACGGAGGAAGAGAAGAAAAAGGCUGCUUAUGAGGUCCGUUUGCUCACUAAAUCAAGCAUUUUCAAUAGGUCUUGUUUUUUGGAUGCUGGGACAAUCCCAUAUUUGUUGAAUUUGCUCUCUUCAAAAGAGGCAUUAGCCCAAGAGAAUGCCAUUGCAGCCCUUUUGAACAUGUCAAAGCAUUCAAAAGGCAAAACAAUUGUAGUUGAAAAUGGUGGUCUUGAGUUCAUUCUUAAGGUCCUCAAAGAGGGGCUAAAGAUGGAAGCUAGACAGCACGCCGCAGGUACCCUUUUUUACCUUGCUUCGGUGGAGGAGUACCGGAUACUUAUAGGGGAGAUUCCGGAGGUUAUUCCAUCUCUAAUGGAGCUCCUCCGGGAUGGGACUGACCGUGGGAAGAAAAACGCAUUGGUUGCGAUUUUUGGGCUCCUUAUGGACCCUAACAACCAUUGGAGGGUCCUUGGAGCUGGAUUAGUCCCAUUGCUACUUAGUCUUUUGACGUCUUUCGAAAGGGAAGAUCUUAUAACGGAUUCUCUCGCAGUUCUAGCAACCCUAGCACAGAAAUCUGAUGGGACAUUUGCGAUUUUAAGCACCGGAGCUCUGCAUACCAUCAUGGGGACUCUAAGUUCCUCCACUUCAAGGGCAGGGAAGGAGUACUGUGUGUCAUUGUUGCUGGCUUUGUGUGUCAAUGGUGGGGCUGAAGUUGUUCAAUUUUUAGUGAAGAACUCAUCUCUCAUGGGACCAUUGUAUUCCGUACUCACCGAAGGCACAUCUCGUGCUAGUAAGAAGGCCAGUUCACUUAUCAGAAUUCUACAUGAAUUCCAUGAAAGAAGCUCUUCUGGAUUCAUGGCUCAUGCUCUUUCUCGAGAACAAUUCGUUCACGUGUGGUAACCUCAAUUUAGUUUUCUUGUAUUGAUUUGAUUCUUUUGACCAAGCGUUUGCUUAUGUAAGUAUGCAAAGAUGCUUGUUUACAUUUUCGGUUUCGAGUCUUGACAUUAGCUUGGUUUUUUGAAGAGCUAAUUACUACACCAGCUUCUGUUUUUUUCAAUGAAGCUUUGUACAAAAUUAUAGUUGUGUUAUGAUUCUUUGUUCUCAUGCUAAUAACGAUAUGAUUGUAUUAUAAUGUAAAUGUCAUCAUUGAUAAGUUUCAAUAAGAAUUUUAUUUUUAAUCAA